GUUCAUGUGGAGCACAUGGAAUACUGCAUAUACUAUGCAACGGGUUGGCAAACCCCUGUGCUGCAUGUGCGAUCAAUCGACGAUGACGGAAGACCUUUGGUUGAGGACUGGGAGAAGAUUCCUUUGUGGAGGACUGAAAGCCGAGCAGAGCCUGACGGUGGGUCUUGGUGGCGGGGCAUUGUACCUGCUGGCCCACGGACAAAAGGAAAGUCCAAACUUGAGUUCGUGGUUUCUGAUGGUGACGGUCAUGAGGAUAGGCAUCCGAGUGGUGAAGGGUAUGUCUGCCCUGUGCUUGGGGGCUACAAACUGCAACGCGGGCAGCUGAAGCCUUUUCCACGAGCGUCGCGGGAUCCCAUCAUGCUGGUGAGCGACCUUGAUGGGACGAUGGUGGACGAUGGCAGCACUGAGGCAGACAGUGCCAUGGCAGAGUUCUGCGAAUAUUGGGAAAACGUCGCUGCCCUGUGUGGCUCCAAACUGGUCUACAACACUGGCAGGUCCCUUGGUCAGUUUAUUGGCUUGUUGAACGUGAAACAGGGAGCGCUGGCUAUGCCAGACGUGGUGAUAACAGCAGUGGGCACAAAGGUGAUGUACGCACUGUGCACUUUGGUUGUGCCAUGCAUGUUUGGCAGCGGCCUGCAUGGGACUUUGGUGUCCUCUUACAUCCACCCAGAGGGCGCAGGUUGUUUGCUCUCAAGUGUGGUGGUGCUGAUGUGUUGGCACAGCAAGUGCAGUACGAGUUGCGUGUGCGAGGAGACAGGUUGUAUAACUGCCUCCAGGAACACUUGUGGGGCGUUGCAGCAUUGGAAACUGGAAGACGCACGUGUAUUGCACACACCACUUAGGAACAUAAGUUUGGCAGCUCCUUUUGAGUAUUUUCAGCCUGUUUUUCGGUCGGUAUCCGCAGCCCCUCUUGGGGCGUUCGCAAUCCGUUUCUCGAAGAAUACUUUGCUGGGUGGGUGA